AAACACCAACAGUAUUAGAGCAACUCUCUACAAGCAACAUGAAAUUCUUAAUUACUUUCUGUUUAAUUGCCUCUUUGGCCACAGUCGCCUUCACCAGCAGUGCCAGCUGGGGUAAACGUUAUUCCAAUGAUUAUCUAUUGUAUCGUGAGAAUGUUGUGCGUACACCCCUCAAUGGUAAUUACUGGAAUGUGAAUGUUGCUUUUCCCAAAUCUGGUCAAGGCAAUACCAGAAAUAUCACUGCCAUUUAUGUCUAUGACCGUUUCACCAACAGUUCCGGUGCCCAACCUAAUCUUUGGUCUGGCGGUCCCGGUUACAAAUUUGCCACCGUCAAUUUGAAGAGUCAAUACUCAAGAGGUAUUAACUCCACUGUUGAAUUCUAUGGCCGUUAAGUAAAUGUAAACAAAAUUGUGAUAUUAGAUAAUAAUAAAACGAAAAUAAAAAAAAAA